CCAGAAACAUAUUUAGUUAGUCACGACAGUUACGAAGAAGAGUUGCAAACACCUGACGAUCUCUUGGACAAUCCGCUCCAUAUCUCCUUUAAGUGUCGAAACAUAAUCUACCUCGAAUCUUGAUUUUUGUCGACUUUGUUAUUUCCCUGAAGCCUCUCCAGUGGUAAAUGUCUUAUUGUUCGUUUUUAUAGCAAUACUAAUAAAUAACGUAACUAGCUGAUAAGAAAACAUUGCACUAUAUUUUUGAUUGUUUCUGUUAAUACAAUUUUGCACUAACAUAUUGGUGAAGAUGCACACCACGCAGAAGGACACGACCUACACGAAGGUUUUUGUCGGGGGUCUUCCAUACCACACCACGGAUUCCAGUCUCAGGAAAUAUUUUGAAGUGUUUGGAGAAAUUGAAGAAGCAGUCGUGAUUACCGACCGACAGACCGGCAAGUCCAGGGGGUAUGGAUUCGUGACGAUGGCGGACCGCUCGGCUGCAGACAGGGCCUGUAAAGAUCCGAACCCCAUCAUCGACGGCAGGAAAGCCAACGUCAACCUGGCGUACCUGGGGGCCAAGCCACGGGUGAUGCAGCCAGGUUUCACUUUUGGUGUUCCACAAAUCCAUCCUGCCUUUAUCCAAAGGCCUUAUGGGAUCCCUGCUCACUAUGUGUACCCUCAGGCCUUCAUGCAGCCAAGCACCAUGGUCAUUCCCCAUGCCAUGCAGCCCAGUGCAGCCUCUGCCUCCACCGGUUCCUCACCAUACAUCGACUACACUGGAGCCGCCUACGCACAGUAUUCCGCCGCCGUGGCGGCUAGCGCUGCUGCAGCCUACGAGCAGUAUCCCUACGCUGCCUCCCCUGUAGCGGCCGGGUACAUAACUGCGGCCGGUUACGGCUACGUUCAGCAGCCCCUGCCUACGGGCGCACCGGGAUCAGCCGUCGCUGCAGCCGCAGCUUUCGGUCAGUACCAGCCUCAGCAACUGCAAGCUGACCGCAUGCAAUAGCAGCCACUGCAGCCAUUGGACACGAGGGGAUGGGAGAUCCACUGCUGAUUGGCUGUGCAGAGGAAAGGAGGAGGAGGAGGAAGAGAGAGGGGCCGUGUUAAGUGACGGAGUCGUUAAGAUGGUGGUGGUGAGGUGGGAGCUCCAUACAGUAGCUUUCCAACUUGCUGUGCUUAAACCCCCCCCCCCCCCACAAAAAAAUGAGUAAACGUUACCAAUUCACAGAACAAAGUAAGGUGGAUAUAUCCUUAUGAUUAUUAUUGUUGUUAUUAAUAUAAUUAUUAUUAUAAUUGUAGUAGAGUAUUUAUUUAUAGAAGAGAAAUGCAACAACUAAGCUUGGUGUAAAAUAUUACCUUAUGUUCCAUUGCUGUCAUUAACUUAGAAGAGAGAGAGCGUUCUCUUUACGGGACACUUAGACGUGUCCCAAAGUGUUUUGUGUUCUGAAGCCCUUAUAACAUAUAUUUAUUAUCACAUUUCGAGGACUCUUGUCGUUCUGUCUUUUCAAGUGCAUUGAAGUAAAUGUUGUGAUAAUCAGGGAAAUGGACCAGUUUCCAGUGUGUGAGUAAAGACAACCUCUGCGUGUCAGGGAGUAGCUGAAAUAACUGUGGAGAAAAGGUGAAAGUCUUGUCUCGUGUUAAGAACAUAUCUUCCUGAUGCUGAUUGUCCCUUUUUUGACUCUGUAUCUUGAUCUCUUGACCUAUGCAAAGCAAACAGUUCACCAGGAGACAAAAAAUCUGCAGGAAUAACCAAAAAUGCCAUCUACUCAUCAACUCUUCAAAGGGCAUCACAAACAAUAUGAAGGAAACUCCGAAAGAAAGGUUUUCAGACAAUGAGAAGCACCAAAUCAGUUACUCUCAAACACAUACAUUACGCACACACACACAGUUGUGUACAUAGUGGUAAAGGACAAAGGGCUCAGUCGUGUUCCCCUCUGGCUCUGUGCAAUGGGAUCUAGUCAGAGUGAAAGAGAGGGAGGGAGCAGCUGCGGGUGGGGAGGGGGGUGGGACAGUUAGCCCAGCGCCACACAAAUGGAUCACUCUGGAAAGAACGCAUCACUUGUGCUUAUUUGUUGAGCUGUCACAUUUUAAUCCCUGGGCCCAUUUGGGAACUGGCCCCUCUGGUCUGUCUGCCUGGCCCUGUCAGCAUUUCCACCUCUGUCCUCUGUCCUAGAGCUGGCCGGCUGGGCUGGUGUCAGGUACAUACACUGCCCUUCUAUCCUAACCCUAACCAACCCCCCCUAGGCCUUGUCCUGUACCCACUCCUCACAGCCUCCCCAACCCCCUUGCCCUUGCCCUGUACCCAUUCCUCUAAGCCUCACCAACUCCUCCUCUAUCCAGACUACACACCCCAACUCCGGAGCUCCUUUCUGUGGGUCUGGAAAGUGGUGGCAGUGGGGAAUGUAGAAAGGGGGUGGCGGGGCUGCAGGCGCUUGACAUGAAUCUGGGGGUUCUUUGUGUGCCUCACAUUUGUGUUGCUAUUUAAGAGUAAGAAAAGAGAUCUAUUUAAGAUAUUUAUUAUCAGAGUUGACUAUGUUCUAUACGCUCUACGGACAAAGACUUAGUGGCGGUACUGAAUUACUAUUGUUAUGUAUUCAUCUCAAGGCAUAUAAGUUAUUGAGUAGGUUUAGUUGUAUUAUUAUUAACAUACUCUACCAAAAAUGUUGAUUUAUUUAAGAUACAAUUCUGUAUGUGCACUGUACAAUUAUACUUUUUGCCUUUUUGAAAUCUUAGAACAUGACAUUAAAUAUUGGCUAGAUUAAUGCCUUUUGUAUGAAACUUUAUUUAAAUGCAGGCAUACUUGCGUGCAGACUGUUAUUCUGCCUCUGUGUUUAGAACUGUUGGAAAAGACAAAAAAAUCCUGACAAAAUUAGCAAAAUGCUUGCUUUAUACAUUAGAAUGUAUAGUCAUUGUCAUGGUUUGGAUAGCUGUGCUUCUAUUGCUUUUAAUAUACAUCAGAUGGGCUAUUUUACACUUGGGAAUUUUUAUACUUGAACUAUUUCUUACAAGGGAAAAUAUGAAAAAUAAAUGACAAAAAAAAUACUUUUUAAGGAAGCUUUUCAUUGUCACUGGAUUAAGGCAUGUACAGUGUUAAAACCUUAUUUCAGAAUUUCAACACUAUUUACUCUAAAUUGAAAUAAAAGGUUCUAUAUUUAAACAAUGUUUUUUUAAAUUUAUUUAAGAUGGAUAUACGAUGUUGAGGACCCCUGGUCAAAAGUAGUGCACUAUAGGGUGAGUGCCAUUUGGGAUGCGACUGCUUAUUUCUAGCUCCAGAACUCACAGGUCUUGUGUUGUAUUAUGUAAGGACUGUUCCAUCUAAGUGUAUUAAACACCUAUAAACAGA